AUGGCCAGCGAUGGGCCGCUCGACCGCGCUUGGGGGGCCUUGGCUCGGGAUAGGGCACCCGUGCAGCAGAGCAAAAUCGUGAGAGCCGAGGCUUUUGCUGCACGAAGUGAUACGCUCGCGUGCAUCAACUCUUCCACAGGACUGAGCUUUCCAAACGCCGGGGAGCGAAUUCGUACUUGCGAGCUGCUUUCGCUUGCAGGCCCAUGUCGCAAUCGAGGAGCCAGAUGGGACGGCCGGGACCUCACGGAACAUGAGUUUCUUGAAAGUGUCGUCACCUACGCCUCGCUGCUGCGCUGCAGCGGAGCCUUGGCCGCGGCGCUGCGACAGGCGCGAGCUGCGCGGCUCCAAGGCGAUGGCGACGGGGGAAGUCGGGGCGAAGUUGGCGAUGGAGUGAAGUACCGACGGAAUUCUCAGGGAGUGGCCCGGUCGCCUUGUGGCUCCCACGCAAUCGACAUGCUGUCACCCUCGCCCUUGCAGCAAUGGAAGCCCCUUGGUAUCAUGAGACAGCGACGUUUUCUUUGCGUUGAAACCCGCGGCCUGGCAAAACCUGCUGCUGCGGUACUUGGCUUCCUUUCCAAGGCGGGUCAGGGCUACCUGCCUUGUGAUGAGAAGCUCCCCGCGAAGCGGGUGUCUCGCCCAACUGUUGCUCGGAAGUCUGUGGGCGGCUGCGCUGCACUCACCUCAUGCGGGUCGAUUGCUUGGCAGCCAGAGGCCAUGCUUCUGCCGCCGUGUGCGCAGGUGCUGGUGAUGCUGCGCACAGCUGGGGCCGGUCUGCUGGUGGCCUCGCGAAAACUAAUAGAGGCCAUAAGCUCUGAGCAAGUGGCCUUGAAGCGUCAACGCAGAAAGCCCGGAGCCGUGAGAAAAAGUGUCGGAGGAGAACACAAGAGCCCAAUCUUCCAGCUGACCGUGGAAGCUGAAGGCUUCGUCACGGCUGCUGAGCAGGGCAGCGCUGAGGCGUGGCUAGCCAGCUGCUUGAGCUUGAUCGCGAACCAGCCCGGUGUUGCUCACCUUCAAAGGGGCAUUUUGCCCAGGCAUGUCGAAGACGAGAGCGAUAGAACGCAGCAGCUGGCAUAUGUCAUCUUCACAUCAGGUUCAACUGGACAGCCGAAAGGGGUUGCUGUCUCCCACCGAUCCAUUGUUCAUUUGAUUGAAUGGGUAAACACGGUCUAUGAUAUCAAGGAGUCAGACGUGCUGCUGUUUGUGACUUCCAUCGGCUUCGACCUGUCCUGCUACGAUAUGUUUGGGACCCUGGCAGCCGGCGGCAGGAUACUUCUCGGAGCUUCCUCCCCGACUGAGCUGCAGCGGCAACUGCCAACGGCAAGCUUCUGGGACUCAGCACCUGCAGUGCUCCAGCUCCUGGAGCGUGUGGAAGACUUUCGAGACAUUCGCACGGUUUUUCUCAGUGGCGACUGGGUACCCCUGGGGCUUGUUCGGGCCUUGCGCUCUGCCACUGCUGCCCGAAUCGUAGCGCUGGGUGGGGCUACAGAGGCCACUGUCUGGUCCAACUUCUUCGAUGUGGUUGAAGUGGAUCCCAAGUGGCGCUCCGUGCCCUACGGCAGUCCUAUCUGGAAUCACCAGUAUUACGUCUUGGACGAGAGUGGCCGUUUCGCGACUGUAGCUUUGCCGGGCAUGGCCGGGCAGCUGUACAUCGCAGGCGAAGGCGUGGCCUUGGGAUACAUCGGCCAGCCGCAGCUCACAGCGGAAAGCUUUCGGGAUGGAUCUCUUCAGUUUGGUGGGGCCUUUCAGACGUCCAGGGCCUACCGGACUGGUGACUUGGUGCGCUUUGUGCCCCGGAGCUUCGGCGGCCUCGACACCGAGCUGGUCGCCUCGGAGCUGGUGUUGGAGUUCCUUGGUCGGGCAGACUUUCAAGUGAAGCUGCGGGGUCACCGGGUGGAGCUGGGCGAGAUUGAGCAGGCUUGCUGCCAAGCCAAGCUGGCCACGGGACCCGUGGCUGCAGCCGUCGUCCUGGCGGUUUCCCAGAGGCUGGUGGCUUUCGUUGUGCCCCAGUCUGUCGACUCAGUCACCUUGCGCGAAAGCCUCAUACAACACCUGCCAUCCUACAUGGUGCCUGAUACGAUUGUCACUCGUUCACAGAUGCCGCUGACAUCUAGCGGCAAGAUAGAUCGCGACCUCCUGGCGAAAUCCUUGAAAGUCGCUGCUCCAAGAAGACAGCACGCUGAUCGUCGCCAACCUGCCACAGAAGUGGAGCGACAUGUUCUGGUCUGCUUCAAAGAAGCUCUGGGAAUGCCAAGCUCGGCUGACCUGGGUGUAGACGACGACUUUUUUGAGCUCGGCGGCCAGUCGAUGGCCGCGAUGCGCCUGCAGGGGCGGCUGCAGCAGCUGUCUCUGCAGGAUAUCUUUACGCUUCGCACUGCGGAGAGGAUCGCAGAGAAAGUCGAUGGCGAGGGCGUUCCGAUAGUGUCAGAGGAUGCUUGUCAGCUGCAGGUGGAGGAUUCCAAAGGCUGCGAGGCUCCAGCAUCUUUCGGGCAAGAGCGCUUCUGGCUACUGGAACGCCUGCAGCCCGGGACCGGGACUUACGGGAUCCAGUUCGCGUACAGCUUGGAGGGCCCGGGCCUGAACAUCCAACGUCUGGCCCGGGCUUUGGAGCAGCUCACCCGCCGCCACACGCCCCUGCGGACGGUGCUCCUCGAGGAUGCCCAAAGAGGCCUCUUGCAAAGGAUUCGCCCUCCGACCGACCUGGCCGCGGAACACUUGGAAAAGCCAGGGCAGUUGGCUCCCUGGCUCUGGCUGCACGACCUUCGUCAAUCCGUCGAUGCUGACAAAGAGAUGCAGGGUCUGCUUGCGGCCGAUAUCUGUCAGGGCUUCGACCUGUCACAUGGCCCUUUGCGGAUUCACCUCUUGCGACUGUCGCCCGAUCCAAAUCGCUCGAGCAUCAAGCUCUUGCUCUUCGUCCACGUGCACCAUUUAGCCUUCGAUGGGGCCUCUCUGCGGUGCUUCGAAGGGGAUCUGUGGUCUCUCUACCAGGGGCCGCUGACAAAGUUGCCGGUGAGCUUUGCUGAUGCGGUCUCUCGCCGGCAAGCAGAACACCAAGUGCGGAUAAAGCACAGCAUGGCCUACUGGCUGGAGGAGCUGCAGGGCUGCUCCUGCGAAUUGAAGCUGCCCACGGAUCGCCCGCCUGCCGCCGGCGCAUUGUCCGAACCUGCUGGGCAGUGUGUGUCGAUGGUACCCGGCACGGUGGCCACGGCCGUCCGCCAGCUUGCAGCUGAGACGAAGACAACUGAGUUCGCGGUGCUGCUUGCGGCCUACUUCGUCCUGCUUUCGAGGUACUGUGGACAGGAAGACCUUCUCAUAGGGGUGCCUGUGUCUACGAGGCAAAGAGGAGAAGAAGCCUUGGUUGGAGACUUCGUCAACACCACAGCGAUACGCCUGAACUUGACCACUCUGGAGGGUGCUUCUUCUGUUGGCGGUCCGGCUUUCCAGACGGUGCUCGCAGAGGUUCAGUCCAAGCUGGUAAGGGCGUUGGAACACUGCCAGGUUCCCUGGCAGGUGCUGGUACAGGAGCUGCGGAGCAACAGCGACUUGCCCGAGUACAUCUCUCCGGUCGUCCAGACAAUGUUCGACUACAACUCUGCCGGGGAUUUUGGUCACGCACGGGAGGUCGAGGCCGCGCCCGGGGUGAUCUCGAGACCCUGGCCGCUGGGCGCGAGGAUCCCGCGCAAGCCGCCUCCAGCAAAGUUCGAGCUGAGCCUGGAUCUGUUCGCAACUCGCCAACAGGGCUACCGAGGUCUGUGGGAGUUUCGACUGAGCCUCUUCGAUGCUGCGACCAUUCGGCGGCUGGCAAGCCACUGGACUAGGCUGCUGCGGUCCCUGCGGUCCCCGCGUCUCUCUCCAGUUCGGGAGCUGACCUUCGAGCCCUUCUCAGAGAGGUCCCUUCACUACCACGACUUCUGCAUCUCCAGAUCUCCGGCUCUGCCGAGCCUCUGCGUCCAGGAUCUGAUCAUGCAGCAGGCUAUGCGCACUCCUUGGAGCACGGCCAUUAUCGUCAAGGAGAAGACGGAGGCCAUGCCGCGAUGGCGCCACAUCUGCUUCUGCGAGCUGCGGCGAGCGGCCUUGUCAGUGGCGUCUGCGCUACGCAAGGGUUUCCGCCCGGCAGACGUCCGAAUGGGUGCACGAGUUGGUUUGCUUCUGGGCAAGGGUGCAGAGUUCGUGCCGGUGCUGUUGGGCACCCUGAUCCUGGGCUGCUCCUAUGUCCCGCUGUCGGUGGAGCUUCCGGCCGAGCGCUUGCGCUUCCUGGCCGCAGACGCGGCUCUCAGCCUGGUCCUCGCGUGCCCGCGAGAGCUGCAGAAGCAGGCGGAGCUUUGUGGAGUGCCGGUCCUCCCUCUCUCAGCAGAGGAGGUUUUCUGGGAUGGAGCGCCGGGAGAUCCCACCGAAGAGAUUCAAAGGCGAUGUGCGCCAUCUUCUGAAAUGUACGUGCUCUACACAUCCGGCAGCACCGGCCGACCAAAAGGAGUCUCCGUCUCACAUCAAGCAGUGCUCAGCCACAUCCUCUGUUGUUGCGACAAAUUCGAGCUGCAGCCCUUCGACCGCGCCUUGCAAUCGAUUGCUUUUGCUUUCGAUUUUGCCGUGAGCCAGCUGUAUCCAAACCUGGUUAUGGGCGGGUCACUUUGUGUUCCACCAGAAGCAACUUGCAAAGAUCCAGCUGCGCUGAUGCGAGCCUCGCACGAGGCGGUGUCCACGAGCCUCGACAUGGUUCCGACGCUAUUCUCCUUGGUGCUGGAGACUCGUCGACGCUUGCCUGCUGUGCGACGCGUCAACCUGGGUGGCGAGGCUGUCAGUGACAGGCUUUUGCAUCAAUCUCUGAAGACUUUUGCAAAUGCGCGGGUUCUCAUCACAUACGGCCCGACCGAAGCUGCUGUCGACUGCACGACAUGGCGCGAAGACAAGGAGAGGCUCUGUGAAGUUCCCAGCGCCGCCCUCGGCUGGCCAGAUACUUUCCGGGCCGUGGAGGUGUGUGCGCCGAGCGGUGCUGCUGUGCCAUUGGGCUGCCCUGGUGAGCUCCGAAUCUUUGGUCCUGGGCUUGCAAAGGGCUAUGUGACGGCAGAGGAGACCUCCAAAGCUUUCGUGAGCUCGCAUCGUGCUUCGGGCGUUCAGUACUGCACCGGCGACGCAGUGCGAUGGGGCUUGAUCUCCGGCCUGGAGUUUCUCGGACGAUUGGAUGCACAGGUGAAGGUUCGUGGACAUCGUGUGGAACUGGAAGAGGUCGAGUCGGUGCUGAGGAAGUGCCCAGGCAUCGCGGAGGCAGCCGUCUGUGCGACGACAUCUCCUGGGCUAGCCGAGGCCAGACUUGUGGCUUUCGUGAGCCCUCAGACGGGCGCCUCUGCGAGUCCUACCGAGCUUCCACAGAGCUUUGCAGCCAAGAUGCUGCCCGAUCACAUGGUGCCACACCAUGUGUUCUCGCGCGGCCUCGAGGACUGGCCGCGAAGCCCCACGGGCAAGUUGGACCGCCCUCGCCUGGCUCGUCAGGCUGAGGAGCUUCUUGCCCAGGCUCAGCAGGGCUCGGAUGAGGUCCAGGAGCUCCCGCAAGACCUUCGAACCGCUCCUGCGCAGCAUUUCGUAAAGCUGCUCCAGAAGAUCCUUCGACUUCAAAAGCUUGCACUGGAAAAGCCCUUCACACGCUUGGGCGGCGACUCCAUUUCUGCUAUCCGUGUAUCAGCAGGGCUCAGAGAGCAGGGCUACAAGCUGGCGCCCGCAAGCCUGCUGACCGCCACUUCCGUGGCAGCGGUUGCAAGGAGCAUUGAAGGAUGCACCAUGGGACGUGGUGAUGCUUCGUCCUCGAAACUCGAGGGCGAUGUAGAAAUGAGCUCGAUGCAGACUCGAUUCUUCGCUUUGGGUCUACACAGUCCACAUCACUACAACCAGUCCCUCAUGCUCGUUCCAAGCUCCGAAGCAGCGCAGUUGGAUGCCGGCUGCUUCCAUCGAUGCUUGGUGCGCCUCGCGGAGCACCACGACAUGCUGCGGGCCAGUUUCCCGAAUCUGGCUUCUCAGCGGGUUCGGCCAUGUAGGGAGGCUGAAGCGGCCGUCUCCGCGACAAUCAGAAGAGCAAGGCCAGACGAGUUCGGAGACGUUUGCAGCUGCUUGCAACAAUCGCUGGAUUUGAAGAAGGGCCCGAUGAUGGCUGGGGCCCUUGUGCAUCUGAGCAGGGAUGCGGCCACAGAGCAUGAAGCAUCCGCGACGAGACUCCUCCUCGUCAUCCACCACCUGGUUGUGGACCUGGUGUCCUGGCAGGUUCUCAUUGCAGACCUGGAGAAGAUUCUACUUCAUGAGCUUGGCAUGGUCCAAGAGAUGCAGCUGUCCGUGGUGCAGCGAUCCUUCGAUGAGUAUGUUCGGCUGCCACGCAUGCCGGAGGCCAGUCCCGACCAAGCUCCGGAAAUCCCCGCAGCGACAACCUGCAACCCCGCCGAGCUUUCAAAGACUGCGGUGGUGGACUGGGUCGCUGCUGUUGCGAAGGGCUCUCCGGAUCUUCUUGUUACAAACACCUGGGCCAGAGCCAGACGUCAGGUACAGAGACUGGAUUGCACACAAACGUCGCUGCUGCUCUCAUGUGGGGAGCUGCGGCCUUCGGAGCUGCUCCUGGCUGCCUUGGCCAAGGCCUUCGCGGGAAUAGCUGGUGGAGAACUUCCGCUGUGGGUAGACGUGGAGGGACACGGUCGUGGCGCAGAGCAUGCGGACUUCGCGAACACAGUCGGCUGGUUCACAGAACUGAAGCCGCUCUGCCUGGAGGUGUCCGAGUCGAUGCCGGAAGCGCUCCUUGAAAACAUCGAACGAUGUAGAAGCACUUCCGCAGCUCGCGGCCACAACGUACAGCCCACGAUUUCCUUCAACUACCAUGGUCAGGCAAGCAGCUGCCAGGGCGACUCGCAGCUUUUCAGCGUGGCUCCAGAGUGGAGGACCUUGUCAAAGCUGGACGUGGCACUGGAAAACCUUCGCGAGUACUUCCUGGAGAUUGAGGCCAUGCUAGUGGCCGGUGAGAACGGGACAUCGUUGGAGCUUGAAUGGAUAUAUCAUCCCGACUUUGAUACUGAGCUAGUGGGCCGUUUUUUCGACCAGUUCGUGCGCCAAAUUCCAGAGAUUUGUGAGUGUGCAACGAAGCUUGCCUCUGGAAGGAGACCGCCCUUGCCCAGCGACUUUCCCUCCCUUGGCGUCCUACCUGUGGCGGCGCUAAGUGAGUGGCUCAACGCUCUUGGGGACAGGAUCUUUGAGGACGUCGAGAACGUGUAUCCCUGCACGCCUCUACAAGAAGGGAUGAUGGCAGAAACCCUUUUGGAUCCACGUGCGAAUGUGGAACAGCUUCCUUUACUGCUUCGUGGAGUGGAUGCUGCUGCCUGGAAGAGGGCUUGGCAGACAACCGUGGGCCGGCACGAGGCACUGCGGGCGACGAUCGCUGCGGCUCCAGAGCCCUCUCAGGAGGGUCCUCGCUUUUGGCAGGUCGCCUUCAAGGCCAACUCCGCAGCUGCCUCGGUGCAUUGGCAGGAGGGUGUUUGGGACCUGUGUGUGGAGAUGGAGAGGUCCGGCAAGGAUCCACAGGCGCUGCCCCCUCUAAGUCCUGACGAGGUCGGGCGGUUGGGGCGCUUUCUGCGUGAUUUCCUGCGAAACGACGCAGCGGCAGGGUUCACGAGUGGCGGACCUCUUCUGCGCUUCGCACUGUUCGAGGUUCGACGCGGCAAGCAGCAGAUUGAGGAUGGCAUCUUCGUUUUCGUCCGCACGGAGCACCAUGCCAUCUCUGAUGGCUGGUCAAAUCCGUUGCUGCUCCAAGAUGCCCUGCAUUUCUACGAAGGAGGCACUCGGCUGGCGCCGGCCGCGUCCUUGGCCUCCUUUGCCGCCUUCGUCCAACUGCGAAGCCAGGGAACGCGACGAGAAGAGAUGCGACGUUUCUGGCGUCAGCAUCUUUGUGAGACAGGUAAGUCUAGUUUCUUGAGUACGCCGACAGAGCUGCCUGCAGUUCCGGCCCCGGCCCACCGCGACUUGCAGGAGUCUUUCAAACUACAGCUGCGCCGACAGCUUCACGGCUGGUCGAAGCAUUCGGUCCAGGCUUUCUCCGAAGAAGGUGCUACUUCCGCCGCGGUGCUUCACAGUGCAUGGGCACUUUUACUGGCACAUCGCCAAAUGGGCGACGUCUUUGGGGCCGUGCUGUCCGGACGCCAGGCUGCUGUCUCGGGCGUGGAAGGGAUGGUGGGGCUCCUGAUCUCGACGGUCCCUUUGCGCGCUCGCAUUCCUAUCGCCUCGAGCUGCAAAGAUUUCGUGUUGGAGCUUCAGCAGCUGCUCUUGGAUGUGACUGAGCACCAGUACUGCAACCUUGCCCACAUUCGGGAAUGGUGCGAGUUACCUGGCUCAGCCCGAGAUCUCUUCCAGACCACACUGGUUUACGAGAACUUCCCGAUGGAGGGAGGUGGCCUGUCUUGGCUGGAGGCUCUGCAUCCGUUCGAUGAAUCCAUUCCGAUCACUGGGGCGACGUUGCCCAUGGUCGCCAUGCUCAUGCCGGCAGCAGGCGACGAGAUGCAACUCACACUGCGCUUCGAUGCUAGCCUGUACACGAUGUCGGUGGCCGCGGAGUGGGCGGCGGAGUUUGACAUGAUACUGAAGUGCAUCCUUGAGAGGCCCCGCAUGACAUGCGGUGAGCUCCUGGCAAUGCUUCCGAUCCUCAAGUCUGCAGGUUAUGCAGACCCGUCUUUCCGACCUUCGCCUCAGCAAGAUGCUUGGAUCUCUGCCUGGGCACCCCUCUUGGCAUCACAGGCAGCAGUGUCGAGUUUACCCCACUGUUUGAAACCGGCGCGCGAGGCCUUGCACUCGCUUGCUGCAAAGCUCCAGUCGGACAAGUGCGAGCAAAGCUUCUCCUGUCUGCGAGCUUGGGCGAAUUCGCUGGGCCGACGGCUUUGUCAUCUCGCUCAAUGCCCAGCAGUUUCAGUUCUGGCCUUUCCGCCCUCGGCCGAUGCGCCCCCGGUGCCCAUCCACGUCAACUUCAAAGGCCUCGACACUGUGUCUCUGGAGAAUCCCCGGCCACCACCUGGAGUGCUGAGAGAACUGGCGGAGAGGCUGGCCAGCAGGACCGCCUCCACCGAAGCGGAAGUACCAGGAGGACUCUUGUGGGCUGCAGUCGGAUGCGAGGAUGUGCUGGAGCGGCUCGCAGCCUUGCAGCUGGAGCCCUGCUGCUGCAUUGUCCUCUCCGGUGCCGAGGCGGAGUUGCGCUGUCGCCCGGGGCUGGGCAUAGCAGAGCUGCUCAGAGACCUGGAGGAAGGCCUGGACGAGCAUGUGCUGCCUCCUGCAAUGCGCCAGCUUCUUGUGGAGGACUUCAAUGCCACGGAACAUGAAUACAAGCCAGACCUCGUUCAUAGACGAUUCCUUCAUCGUGCGAAGUCAGUGCCUGCUGGUCACUCUGCCUUGGUGUCCCACGGUCCUGCGGGCGAUGUCAAUGCCACUAGCUACCAGGAGCUCGCAGAGAAGGCGGUGCAGGCUGCACGUUGGCUGCUGGAGCGCAAGAUUUCGGGCCCCGUUGCUGUUUGGAUGCCGCGCAGCGAGACGGUUGUGGUGUCCGCUCUCGCGAUUCUCUUGGUCGGGGGAGUGUAUGUCCCUUGCGAUGAUCGCUUGCCGUGGCCACGUGUUCAGCAUAUGGUGGAAGAUGCAGGGGUGAUUCUGAUUCUGGCAGGACCGCAGCAGCUGCAGCUGAUCCCAUCCUCAAUGCCCGCCGUUGAUGGAUCCCUUCUGUCGGAGCCGACUGAGCAGAACGCGCGCGAAGAAAUGCUCCCUUCGUCCAUCGACUGCGACGAGCUUGCGUACGUGAUCUUCACAUCGGGGUCGACAGGAAAACCGAAAGGAGUCGCCGUGAGUCACCGCUCCAUCGUGCAUCUCAUCGACUGGGUGAACAGCACCUUCAAUGUCACGCAGAUGGACGCUUUGCUCUUCACCACCUCCAUAGGAUUCGACCUCUCGUGCUACGACAUCUUCGGGUCUUUGUCAGCGGGAAGCACGAUUCACUUUUGGAAGGGUUCCGCAGCAUCUCCUGACCAGCUAUUCGAAGUCGUGGUUUCAGAGAAGAUCAGCUUCUGGGACUCCGCUCCGCAGGUCCUCCAGCAACUGGAGCCCAGGCUCGCAGAGGCCGAGGCAAAGGCCCCGCCGUUGAGGGAUCUGCGCCUGGUCUUUCUCAGUGGAGACUGGGUGCCCAUCUCCUUGGUCCAGACCCUGCACCGGGCCGGAGCAUCCCAGGUGGUUGCGCUGGGGGGUGCCACAGAAGUUACGGUUUGGUCCAACUACUUCGAAGUACCACUGAUAGAUGCGGACUGGCCUUCCAUUCCCUACGGCCGGCCCAUCUGGAACCAUCAGUAUUAUUGCCUGGGGCAAUCCGGGCCCCUUCAUGUCGGGACGACGGGUGAGCUCUAUAUUGGCGGUGUUGGAGUGGCCCAGGGCUACAUAGGCCGGCCCGACUUGACUGCAGAGCGCUUCUUGACGAAUUCCUUUCAUUCUGGGCGGAUGUAUCGGACUGGCGAUAUGGUCCGUUUCAUGCCCCUGAAGCCCUGGGGAGACCCGUCCCGGCUUCAGCACUUUACUACCAAAGACGUUGUCUUGGAGUUCCUCGGCCGUAUCGACUCGCAGGUGAAAGUCCGCGGCUACCGUGUGGAAUUGGCAGAGGUCGAGCUCGCUUUCUUGAAGCAGCCAGGUAUCGAGGCCACAAGUGUCUUGGCCUUGCCAUCCGGUGAGAACGCGGCUGGUUGGAAGACGCUGGUUGCCUUCGUCGUGGCGGAGGAAGAGGUGGCCGAGGCAGCCCGCCGCAGAACCGGCCAAGUUUUGCCCGCUUACAUGGUCCCCGACGUGUGCGUCUGCCUCGACGCGCUGCCUUUGAGCCACAGCGGCAAGCCGGACAAGUCCAAGCUCCGAUCGCUCUGGGAAGCCCGAAGCCGCCGGAGCACCGACGGAGUCCGCCAGGAGGAGGAGGGCAGCGACUGGGAGCGAGAGGUGGCGCAAGUCUUCCAGGAGGUCCUUGGCCACGCCGCGCCUGUUGGAAUCCACGAAGACUUCUUCCAUCUCGGAGGCCACUCCCUGUCGGCCAUGAAGCUGCAGGCAGCGCUGAACAAGUUGAAGUCCAAAGAGGCGGAGGUCACCUUGGCUGACGUCCUCCGCGCCCGCACCCCCAAGCUCCUCGCCCAAAUGCUCCUCGAUGCCGAAGCGAAGCUGAAGCAACGACAACAGGUUUCGGCGCCGCCACAGCUGCAGCCAGUCAGGAGCAAUCAGCCUCUUGCCUCCUUCGCGCAGGAGAGGCUGUGGUUAGUCGACCAACUCUUCCCUGGGAGUGCUGCCUACAACGUUCCUUUUGCCCUCCGCCUUUCAGCCCAGCGCACAUCUCUCACCCUCGCUGGCCUACUUGCGGGCUUGGAGGCCCUGGUCCGAAAUCACUGCGUGCUGCGCACAGCGCUCGUUCAAGGCGCCGGACAGAGUACGACAUCGCUGGUUCAGAAGAUCAACGACAUGGUGUCUAUUCACUUGCCUGAUCCAUUGUCAGCUCCAGCUUGCUUGUGCAGCUGGCUUUGGUUCCAUCCGCCUUCUAGCGACAUCUGGUCAGAAGCUGCCGAGGGAGCUGCAGAGCUCAUGCGUCUCGAUGCCAGUCAAGGUUUUCAGCUUGAUCACUGCCUCCUCCGAGUCCGUGUCUUCUGCAUGCCAGAGGAAGGCAAGUCCAGCUUCUUACUGUAUUUCAAUGUGCAUCACGCGGCCUUUGAUGCCCGGUCUCAGGCUUUGCUUGAGAAGGAGUUGCUCGAGCUUCUCACCUCCGACACACCCUGCCCUGCACCAUCACUGCAGUACUCAGACUAUGCUGCGUGGCAGCGGGCUUUCUUGGCUGCCGGAGAGGAGCGGCGCUGCCUCGACAUUUGGGCCUCGGAGCUCGCAGGUGUUGGCCUCAGCCUUCGCCUGCCCUCUGAUGCCCCGCUGCCUCGGAACGGCGAAGGCGGAGCUGGCGAGCUGGUCUCGGCGUGGCCGGCCGAGAGCGUCGCCGCCCUGCGCAAGGCCGCGGCGCAACUGGGAGCCUCCGAGAUGGCCCUGCUGCUCUCGCUGUUUGGACUUGCGCUCGGAUGCCGCUGUGGCCAGGAGGAGCUGCUGGUGGGGAUCCCGGAAUCUGGUCGAAGCAAGACUCCUGAGCUGCAGAAGAUCCUGGGCUUUUUCGUGAACACGCUGCCGAUCCGCUUGCAGCUCUUUGGAGAGGCCUGCGGGGCCGAUCGAGGCUACAGCUUCGGCCAGCUCGUGCAGAGGACUCAGGGCCGCCUGCUCACGGCCCUGGAUGCAGCUGCCCUUCCCUUUCAAAGACUCGUUGCAGAGCUGCGAAAGACGCGGGGAGAGGAGAUGGAUGUCCAGAGCAAGCGGAAUCCCAUCGUCCAAGCCUUCUUCCAGCAUGUGAUUCCAGGUCAGUUUGCAGACGACUCAUUGCGGGAGCUGGCGGGUCGGAAGGGCCUGCAGGUCGAAGACUUUGACUUCGGCCGGACUAAGACGACAGCCAAAUUCGAAGUCAGUCUUCAGACAUCAGCUUUGGCCAACGGCUGCAGUGUUCGAUGGGAGUUCAUGAGGGAAGUUCUGUCAAGAACUAGCAUUGAGAUCCUGGAUCGCCACUUGUAUGCCAUGACGCAACGCUUGGCAGCAGCCGAAUCGCCAGACAAAAUGCUCACAGCUGAGCUUGGCCUGGCUCCACAUGAUGAGCGACAAGCCCUGCACUGCUGGGCCUCAAGCCAGGCACUGCCCCUCCCGGACCUGCGUGUGGAGGGGCUAUUUCUGCAGCAAGCCAUGCGCACUCCAAAGCAGAGGGCUCUUUCAACGGACGGGGUCAGCUUGUCCUAUGAAGAAUUGGCAAGGGCGGUUCGCGGAUUGGCAAGAUCGUUGAGCACAGCUCUGAAAGAGGCUCCCGGCCACGACCCGACUCAUCAGACCGUCGUGGCCGUGUUUGCCAAUCGAUGUCAGGAACUCCCGAUUGCUCUGCUGGCCGUGUUGUUGGCGGGGGCUUCAUUUCUUCCUUUGGCACCGGAAAAUCCCUUGGAACGGCUUUGUUUCAUGGUGUCCCAGGCCAAGGCCGCGGCACUUCUUAGCACAAGGUCUCUUGCCGAGGCCGGGCUGAGGAUCGUGAGCCAGACCGACCGCCGGAUUCAGUUCCUCGAAGUUCCGGUCGUUGAGGACAUCGACCAAACGGAGGAAGUUCCCAUUUCACGUUCUGCAAAGUCAGCGACGGCUUAUGUGCUCUUCACUUCGGGUUCGACUGGCAAGCCGAAGGGUGUCUUGCUUUCUCAUCGGGCACUUCUCUCGCACCUCUUGCCCUACAUUCGCACUCUAGGUCUGAAGGGGUCAGAUCAAGUGCUGCUGACUAGCUCCUUCUCUUUUGAUAUGGCCUACUCGCAGAUAUUUGGUGCAUUGCUCAGCGGAGCAACGUUGAUGCUGACGAAGGAGAACCCCAUGAUGGAUCCGUCCGAACUCUGGGGAAUCAUGAAAAGCAAGACUGUGACGUUCACAACAGUCGUGCCAUCUGUCCUGUCAGCCAUGGUCCACCUCACAACGGAGCCUUUGGCACUCCCAAGUCUUAGACAUUUGGGCUGCGGUGGUGAAGCUCUGGCAUCUGCUGCGAAGGAAUACUACAGCCGCGCCCCGACAUCCCGGGUGCUACUGCACAAUCGCUACGGCCCAACCGAGUGUGCCAUCAAUGCUUUACUCUUUGGGCCCAGCCCUUUACAAGACAUCGCGGGGGAAGAUGUGCCGAUCGGCUGGGCCUCCUCCCACCGGCACGUACAUCUGAAGACCGAAGGAGAAGCCGAGCAAGACCUGUUGAUGCUCGGGUUGGGUGGAGAACUCUUGCUGGCAGGUCCGGGCCUGGCACAGGGAUAUGUUGCGACACAGCUCACAGAUCAAGCUUUCAGGGAGUCUUCUCGAGGUGCUGGGAAAAGCUACCACACCGGAGAUCUAGUGGUGUACCGUGAGCACUCCAAAGACGGCCUUCGCGGCUGCCUCCGGUUCUGUGGCCGAAAGGACUUGCAGGUGAAACUGCGGGGUCAGCGCGUGGAGCUGGCAGAGAUCGAGCGUGUACUUUGUCGACACCCUUCUGUGGAAGCCUCUGCUGUGCUCGUGGUGCCGGCAGGGUCCGGAGGCCUCGCACAGAGCCACGAGAGCUGCAUCCUUGUGGCGGUGGUGUCUGCGGAGAAGGAGAAAUCCUCAAAGCUUCUGCCGGAGCUGCUGGAGAUCUGUCGCACGAGUUUGCCUGGUUCCAUGGUGCCUCAGCGGAUUCUUUUCUGGCAGACCGCUGCAUGGUCGCGCACGACUUCUGGCAAAGUAGACCGCCGUACCCUCGCUGCUUCGGUAGCUGCAGAGCUGAGAAAGGAGCGGGAAACCGGAGAGGACAAGGUUCCCGCUUCGCAUGGGCAAGAAGAGGACCUACUAGCCAUACUCAGGGAGGUCACUGGCAGGGCGCCGAGUUCACCUUGGCAGCCCCUGGAAAACUUGGGCUUAACGUCCCUCUCAGCUGUAAGGGUGGCCUCCAUGGCACUUGACCGGCAGAUCCAAGUUUCCGUUCGCCAGAUGCUGUCGCCAGGGGCUUCCAUUGCUCGGCUUCUCGAGGAGUCUGCGCGCCUGAAAGUGGAAUCUUCCCACGCUGCAAUCCAGCAAGUGGUGGCCCUCCUCAUGGGCAGUGAGUCAAUCUGUUGGAAGCCCUUGGCGCAGUCGGAUGGUCCGGUGUGCGAGGUGUUGCUUUGCCCUGGGGAUGGAGGUGCUGGGAUCGAUGGCUACCGUCCCCUGGCCCAGUCGCUGCUGGAGGGUGCGACAGCGGCAGUAAGUGCAGCGGACGGCUUGCUCAGCGCAGAUUCUCAGCAUGCCGAGAGCUUGGACGAUCUGGCAGAAGUCUUGCGGCAGAGGUGCACCAGCGAAGACAGGGACCUGAUUCUGUUGGGCCACUCCUGGGGUGCAACGCUGGCGCUGGUGCUGGCGCGUGGCCUCGUGGCUGCCGGAAGGGCCGUGAAGGCUGUUUGGCUGUUGGACCCCUCCGCAGAGCACCUGGCACCGGACUUGCCGACUCAUCCCGUUGCAGAGGAAGCUUUGAGCGACCUCCUGGCGAUGAUGCUGCGCUUGGUGUCUCAGGGCACUGCGGCAGCGUGGGGAGCUGCAAGACAAGUGCUGCAGGACGCGUACCAUGCUGCCAGCAUGCGCAACAUGACCGAUGUGGAGGAGGCUCUGGGUGGCAGUUGGCUGUGCGUGCAGCGUGCCACCACACGCAGGUCUCGCAACCUGGGCUUGCAGCCACUCUCUUUGGGUCCUCUGCCCGUGCCUAUCCAUGUGAUGCUGGCAAGAAGGGAAGGCGAGAGCAGCGCGGAUGGCAUGCGACGGCGUGAAGAAGUCGAGGAUCGACUUGGGCAAAUAUCCGCAGAAGUUUCGGUUGCGUGGGCGUGCGGCAGUCACCAUUCAAUGAUUGAGCCUGCCAAUUGCGCUUCUUUGGUGACUGGCCUGCUUCAGUCCACAGACUUCCUGUGUGGGACUUGA